GGUCGGUUGCGAAGAAGAGAAGAGGAACAGCAAAGGAAAGGAAAGGUCACAAAACACAAAGACGGAAUGUCGGAGCAGCCGCCUGUGGCAGAACAGAAGAAAAAGGAAAAGGAGCAACCAUCCAGCGGAGGAGGCAGUGCUUCUUCUCCGUCAGUGUCAUCAGAUGCCGGUGGUGAAAAGCAGUUAUCAAACAAAGAACUGAAAGAACUCAAAAAACGGGAAAAGGCAGCCAAAAGGGCAGCAGCAAAGGAGGCUGCUGGAAUUGAUCCGUCGGCGAAUGCACAAGGGAAAGGUAAGGAAACUCCGGGCGGAUCUGGUUCUAGCAAGGAUAAAACCCCGAAGACUGUGUCACACAUCAAGAAACAAUUGAAUAAUGCCAAAAUCCACGAUCCAACUAUGAAGAUCCCUCAUAUGUUUGGCCAUUUGGAAACGAGAGAGGAACGUAUUUCGUCAACUCCUAAGAUUGCAUCCAUUGUCCAUCCUAGCAUCUUGUCGUUGACAUUGAAAAUCUCAACCUACAAGAUUGUUGGUUCUAGUGCACGUUGCACUGCGAUGAUGGAGGCGUUCAAAGACGUGAUUGGUAGCUAUGUGACGCCAGAGGGCGCCAGUCUACAAAGGCACCUUACUGGCCACUUGAGCCACCAGAUUGAGUACCUGAAAACAGGACGUCCGUUGAGUAUAUCUAUGGGUAAUGCGAUCCGUUGGUUGAAGCAAAGAAUAUCCAUUAUUCCAAUUACCACAAGCGAAGAGCAGUCCAAGUCGAUGCUGAUCGAGGAGAUAAAUCAGUUCAUCAUGGAAAAAAUUGUCAUGGCUGAUCGUGUGAUAGUUGAAUAUGCUGAGGGACAUAUCAUCAACAACUUCAAGAUUCUCACAUACGGUCAUUCGAACGUAUUGGCCGAAUUAUUUGAGUUUUGUGCGGAGGAGCAGAACAAAAAGUUUGAGAUAUACAUAAUCGACAGUAAACCUUUGUUUGAAGGUAAGAAGUUGGCGAAGAAGCUAUCAAAGCUGGAGAAUAUCAAAUUGCACUACAACCUGAUCAACUCUUUGAGUUCUGUACUCGAGAAAUCGAACAUCGAUUUCUGUUUCCUUGGAGCACAUUCGAUGUUGUCGAAUGGACGGCUCUACUCACGUGUUGGAACUGCAUUGAUUGCAAUGGCUGCAAAGAACAAGAGCAUUCCAGUAUUGGUAUGUUGCGAAAGUUUGAAAUUUAGUGAUAAAGUCCAACUUGAUUCUGUCACGUUGAACGAGCUUGGAGAUGCUGAUGAUUUGAUUAAUACAAAACCUUUCAACAAGACUGGGUUUAAUCUUCAGCAGUAUCUGGAUACCUUGAACAAUAAGAUGCUUAUGGAGAAAGAAAACAAUUCGAAAGGGAAAAAAGGUGGGAACAACAGUAAUAAAAACAAUAAACAACAACAGCAACCGCAACAAGAAAAAUCGAAGGAGAAAGAGGAAGAUGAAUAUGAUCUUUCUAAUUGGAAGUCGUAUCCGAGCUUGAACAUCUUGAACAUCUUGUAUGAUUUAACACCACCUGAAUACAUCCAGAAAAUUAUCACCGAAUUUGGUGCACUUCCUCCAUCCUCAGUUCCCGUAAUUUUGAGAGAGUACAAGAGUGCCACAUGAAAAAGGUGAUGAU